GGGGCGGCUGCGCGGGCGGGAGUGUCCCUGAGUGGGGGCUGGCGGCGCGGAGUUGAGGCAGUGAAGGAAUCCAGCGAGAGGGCCCCGCCGAGCGGCCCUGCCGCGGCUCUCGCUCCGGGGCUCGCCCUUCGCGCUGCAGGGGCCACCAGCGCCGCGCCCCGGCCCGGGACAGAGCACCCGAGAAUACUCCAAACCCUGAGCUGCUUUCCGGAUCAUCUCUGUGGAUUCCCAGGGCUAAUACCCCUAAAAGGAAGAUGGCUGAGCUCAACACUCACGUGAAUGUCAAGGAGAAGAUCUAUGCUGUUAGAUCGGUCGUUCCGAACAAAAGCAAUAAUGAGAUCGUCCUGGUGCUACAACAGUUUGAUUUUAACGUGGACAAAGCCGUGCAAGCCUUUGUCGAUGGCAGUGCAAUUCAAGUUCUCAAAGAAUGGAACAUGACGGGAAAGAAGAAGAAUAACAAAAGGAAAAGAAGCAAAUCCAAGCAGCAUCCAAGCAACAAAGAUGCCAAGGACAAGGCAGAAAGGGCGGAGGUGGGGCCCCUGCAGCCACAGGUACCGCUGAUGCAAAAUGGCCACAUGAAUGGCUGUGACAAGGACAGCUCAUCCCCUGACUCUGCCCGAGAGAAACCGGCCCUCCCGCCACGUGAGAGAAAGAUCUCGAUACUGGAGGAACCCCCGAGGGCUCUGCGUGGGACCACAGAAGGCAACAGACUACCGCAGCAGAGAAUGUCCUUAGACGGGAGCCCCAAAGCUCUUCAUGGACCAUCAGAGAGGCCAGAUGGUCUACAGUGGUCAUCUGGGCAGCCUUGUAACCCAAGCAAGCCUAAGGCAAAAACGUCUCCUGUUAAGUCCAAUGCCCCCGCAGCUCAUCUCGAAAUAAAGGCCGAUGAGCUGGCAAAGAAAAGAGGCCCAAAUAUCGAGAAAUCGGUGAAGGAUUUGCAGCGCUGCACUGUUUCCCUGACUCGGUACCGCGUCAUGAUCAAGGAGGAAGUGGACAGUUCCGUGAAGAAGAUCAAAGCCGCUUUCGCCGAGCUACACAACUGCAUCAUUGACAAAGAAGUCUCACUGAUGGCGGAAAUGGAUAAAGUCAAAGAGGAAGCCAUGGAGAUCCUGACCGCCCGUCAGAAGAAAGCGGAAGAGCUGAAGAGGCUGACCGACCUAGCCAGUCAGAUGGCAGAGAUGCAGCUGGCCGAACUCAGAGCGGAGAUUAAGCACUUUGUCAGCGAGCGCAAGUAUGAUGAAGAGCUGGGCAAGGCGGCCCGCUUCUCCUGCGACAUCGAACAGCUGAAAGCCCAAAUCAUGAUCUGUGGAGAAAUCACACAUCCAAAGAACAACUAUUCCUCAAGAACCCCCUGCAGCUCCCUGCUGCCUCUGCUGAACACUCCCACCGUGGCUUCCGGGAAACAAGGGAACUUUGCCCGGAAAUCGUCCAGUCACAGCAAGCCCUCGGAGGGGAAAGUGGCAAACCCCAAGAUGGUGAGCGGUCUUCCCAGCACUGCCGAUGCCUGUCACCAGACCAUGCCCACGAACAAGCAGCAGAAUGGACCUUCUAGCCAAAGACGAAGAUUUAACCCGCAGUAUCACAAUAGGCUAAACGGUCCCGCCAAGUCCCAGGGCGGUGGCAACGAAGCCGACCCCUUGCUGAAGAGCAACAGCCGGCACGAACACAGAAGACAGCCUCACAAUGGCUUCCGUCCCAAAAACAAAGGUGGUGCCAAAAACCAAGAGGCCUCCUCGGGGACAAAGGCCCCAGAGGUCCCAACGCAUUCUGAAAAGCCCCGUCGACGGCAGCAGCAUGCUGCUGACAACUCAGAGGCCAGGCCUUUCCGGGGUAAUGUGGGUAGGGUUACACAGUGCAAUCUUUGUCCCACUAGAAUAGAGGUUUCCACGGAGGCCACGGUUCUCUCGGUCCCAGCUGUGACGUUGGUGGCCUGAGCCGGGAAAGGAAAGAGCAGGCUUUGCCUGGUUUUGGUUCCCUGCCCGAGGUGCUGACCCAAUUCGCUGCCAAAAGAGAGUCGGUGAGAAUAUACAAACCCCGUGUGUUUGUGUCCUUCUCUCUCGGUCAUUUUUAUUCAUCCCGAUGCCCUGCUCUAGCUCGCUCCAUCGUGCCCAUGCUUUGCUUGCUCCGUCGUCGCUUCUCCUCACGUUAGCCAGGCCGUAUUUACUCUUUGUUAGGGAAACCAAGAUGAGGCUGGGGAUCGGAGGCUCCGCUAGCUGAUCUGUGUCGCCCCUGCCGCCGUGGCAUCCAUCCGUUGGUUGUCUUUAGAGAGUUCAAUGUUGGAACCAGAAAUUCCCGCUCAGACAAGUGUGAUCUGCCGAAGACACAUGUGCUUUUGUAGAAUUAAACAUCUGGUGUUUUUCUGAAAUAUAGAUAAAUAUAUAUAUAAACAUAUAUUGCUUUAUUUGAAACAAAUUAAAAUAUGCUGCAUUUGA